UCGGCUGUGCGCAGAUUUUGCCAGUCUCGGGAGCCACAAUGGCGUUUGUAGUCUCCUUCAGAUAGGGCUGUGGAUGUUAUUAAAUCCGCCAGCAUCGCCCUAAAUAUAGGCCUGGUUGAUUCCCAGAGCCAUUGAUAAUAAACUGGAACAUCUACUGCACACGAAAAUAUUAUUAUUUCUGAUCAUUAUUGAAUUUAUAGAGGAUAAAACUUACAUUAAAGGAAACAUGUAAACAGUACCAACCGGGUCAAGUUUGAUUUGUUGGAGAAACGAGCCUCAUUAAUGAAGAUUUCGCUUGUUUCUUUCUAAGAUCGUUAUUCCCUGGAAUUAAACACCUUUACUUAACUUGGCACCGGGCUCGGACAGCUUUCACAAAGGGACUUUUUCUUUUUACAAGCAGCGUUUAGCAGCCGGGAGCUAGCUAGCAUUGCUAGCUAACCUGAAAAGGAGACGACAACAUCGCUCCGAUGUUUGUUUGGGACCUUUUUUCAAGCAGUAACUCAGUAGGACUCAGUACCUGACCGUCCUGGGGAGCUAAAGUAUAGUUUUGUGCCCUGGAUACUCGCUGGACCUCGGUGGAAUGAAUCAGCGUCAGACCAGACUGGACAUACUGUUGCUCUCCUGUUAAUGUAUUUCCUGGACCAGCUGGGCCCGGGCACAGGAGAGGCACUGACGCCGGCGUAAGGGAUGCCUGGGUCGGACCGACACCAUGGGACCAAGAGGAAGUGUGACUCUGCGGCCCAGGCCGCGCAGCCCUCCGCCGGGGACCUGAGGAGCAGACUGAGCAAGCCCCAAGGCAAGGCUUCUAUGUCCUCCUCCUCUAAACGUAAACGACACAAAAUUAAUAAAAAUCGUGACAUUUCGGCACCGGAAAACGAUGAAUUUGCCACCGGCGAUACAACGCCCCCUGGCGUCAACGCGCUGAAGCCGCUGGUGGAGUACGACGACAUCAGUUCGGACUCGGACACUUUUUCAGACCCUCCAUCCAGGCCUGCGGACAGAGAGGGCGGGGACCGGCUGGGCCUCUCGGAUGAUGAUAGUGCCAGUGUCAGAAGAGAAAAUAAGGGCCAUAGGCACCCCCGGAAAAAGACCAGGGACCCCAACAAAGUCAGAGACUCUGGAAAUGGUGAGCAUGGUGUAAAGAAAAAGAGCAGCAAAGACAGAGACAGAGUAAGUCAUGGGAAGAGUAAAGAGAGUGGGGUGUCCUCCGGCCCCUCCAAACACCAGGCCCAGUCUGAGGAUGGUAAACGUGGAGAGCUCUCUUCACAAACUCAGCCUGCAGCCACUGUAGGCAGCAACACUUCCUCCAGCACAUCUUCAUCUCGCAGCAAAGAGAGUGGCUCGGGGAAGUCUCGGAAAGAGAGGCAGCAACGCAAGGAAACCAGAGGAGAUGGAAGUCACAGCUCUUCUCAGAGGAGCAGGACAGAUCGAAGCCACAGAAAAGUCUCCAAGAGUCGCAAGUCCAGUCCUAAAGGCAAGUCCAGUGGGAGGAGUAGUCCUCGGAGAAAGGGCACUGCCCUGUCCCCCAGUCCCAGGCGAGGGAGUGUGAGCCCUGUGGGCUAUGGACAUCAGGGGGACGAUGGAUACUCGAGACGGAGGGUCCAGCACAGCCCCAGCCCGUAUGGAGAUGUGCGGCGCAGCAGACAGAGGUCUGUCAGCCCCUAUGGAGGCAGACACCGCUCCUCGAGCUUCGAGCGCGACAGUAGCCCCUAUACUAGGAGGCGCUCUAUUAGUCCUUACCCCUCCAGAAGGUCCUCCAGCACCAGUCCAGUGUCCAGACGCUCGGGUCGCUCUCGGAGCCGCUCCCCUCUGUCUUACUCCUCUCGUAGGUCGUCCUCUCGUUCUCGCAGUAAGAGGCACCAAACCUCCAGUGGCGCCGGUACCACCCACAGCAGCCGCCCCACCAGCCGCUCCCCACCCUCCACCCGCCUCCCCCUAAACUCCAGCCUUGGGGCCGAGCUGAGCCGCAGGAAAAAGGAACGCCAACAAGCAGCAGAGGCGGCCGCACGUGCCUCGGGGGCAGCUUCACCAUCUGUGGCUGCCCGAAAGACCAAGACCAACACCAACACCCCCAGCACGACUAAACCCACUAAACCAGAACCAACACCACCAGAGAAGGACCUGGCGGCAACAGCAGAGCCUCCGUUGGUACAAACACCACAGGACGGAGCCAACAAUGAGGAGCAGAGUACAGCCCCCAUGUCCUCGGAGUCGUCCCCCACUCUGCCUGCGCCCUCUCCCCCUCCUGUCCCACCUCCACCUGUGGCGCCUGCUUCUGCCUCACAGCUCCCUCCUCCUCCACCUCAACCCGAGACCGCUGCCCCACCUCCACAACCAGCCUCAACGCCAGCGAAGUCCCCUGCGCCCCCUCCGAGCCACAGCCCAAUGCGGCCCACCACACUACAUAAGACAUCAACACUGCCCCCGCUGCCUCUGCCCCCGAUGCUGCUGGGGAACGCUCAGGAUAGUCCAAAGAAGUCCACUCCUCCUCAGAGGUCUUCGAGGAAAGAGAAGGAAGCUCGCAGUCGGACGUCCAUCAUCGACCUGCCCCUGCCCCCUACCCUCCUCUGCGGGGACGCCUCCCCCCCACAGUCACCUGUCCGCCAGCCCCCGUCCCUGCCCCAGCCCGCGCUCAAGAAGAGACCAAAGAUUUGCUGCCCACGUUAUGGUGAGCGCAAACACAACCUGAGCGACUGGGGCAAGCGUUGUGUAGAUAAAUUUGACAUAAUCGGGAUCAUCGGUGAGGGGACAUACGGCCAGGUGUACAAGGCCAAGGACAAAGACACAGGUGAACUGGUGGCUCUGAAGAAGGUGCGAUUGGACAAUGAGAAGGAGGGAUUCCCCAUCACGGCCAUCAGAGAAAUCAAAAUCCUGCGUCAGCUCAAACAUCGCAGCGUCGUCAACAUGAAAGAGAUCGUCACUGACAAACAGGACGCACUGGAUUUCAAAAAGGACAAAGGUGCAUUUUACCUGGUCUUCGAGUACAUGGACCACGACCUGAUGGGGCUGCUGGAGUCCGGCCUGGUACAGUUCUCUCAUGAGCACAUCCGCAGCUUCAUGCGUCAGCUGAUGGAGGGUCUGGACUACUGCCACAAAAACAACUUCCUCCACAGAGAUAUCAAGUGCUCUAACAUUCUACUCAACAACAGAGGUCAAAUCAAACUGGCAGACUUUGGUUUGGCUCGUCUCUACAGUUCGGAAGAAAGUCGGCCAUACACUAACAAAGUGAUCACACUGUGGUACCGGCCUCCAGAGCUGCUGCUGGGAGAGGAGCGCUACUCUCCAGCCAUCGACGUGUGGAGCUGCGGGUGUAUUCUUGGGGAGUUGUUUACAAAGAAGCCGAUAUUCCAAGCGAACCAAGAGCUGCUACAACUUGAGCUGAUAAGCCGUCUCUGUGGUAGCCCCUGUCCCGCCGUCUGGCCUGACGUCAUCAAGCUUCCACUGUUCAACACAAUGAAGCCCAAGAAACAGUACAGGCGCCGGCUACGGGAGGAGUUUGCCUUCUUGCCGCUCCCCGCCCUGGACCUGUUUGACCGAAUGCUGACCCUUGACCCCUCGCGCCGCUGCACCUCUGAACAGGCUCUGAACAGCGACUUCCUAUCCGACGUGGAGCCCAACAAAAUGCCUCCGCCAGAUCUUCCCCACCACCAGGACUGUCACGAGCUCUGGAGUAAGAAGCGGCGGCGUGCGCGUCAGAGCGGGGCGUCCGAGGAUGUGCCUGUGCCCAAAGUGCCCCGUAAGGACCCGAGCGGGACGUCGUCAGGAGAGAACAGCCGCCCCCCCAUCAGCCCACCUCCACCUCCCCCACCCGGGAAACCGUCGUCCACCCUGACAGAAAGCCUGGGAGCGGCGGCAGAGCAGUUGAACCAGACGGAGCUGGCGGUGCUGUUGAAUCUCCUGCAAGGCCAGAGCGACCUGAGUCUGCCCCAAGUCGCUCAACUCCUCAACCUCUCCAACGUCGACACCCUCAGCCAAUCCCUGUCCGCCCUCAGCGAAUCCUUCGACCACCAGGGCGCGCACGAACACCACCAGACCACGGCGUCGUCCGCAGCGCCACCUCCACCUCCGCCCCCUCUUCCUCCUCCUCCUCCUCUGCCUCCCCCCUCCUCCUCCGAACCCCAAGAGGCCUCGCCCACGCUUAGCCAAGAAGAUCAGGCCAAUCUCCUGGCGCUCAUUUUGGGGCACAUCAUGAAACCACAGACUGAGGGGGUGGAACAAAGCGACGAGAGCAAUGGCAUCCAAUCAGACGAGGCUCUAAGUCGCGCUCCGUCUGCCGCUACUACUGAUCGCAAGGGCAAGUCUGGGUUUAGUCUCUAGGGGGCGACGAUUGUGGGCAGAGCAGGGUUAGGUCGGUGGCAAUGGGAACAGUUGGGAGUGGGGGGGGGAAAUGGGACAAAAUGGAAAAAGUAAACAUUUCCUGGGAAUGGGGUUGAAUCUUCUUUGGUACCAUGUUACCGGGAAUAAACGGAGGGAUUCAACAGAGGAAGGUGUGUUGGGAGGUUGUUUCCUUAGAGUUUUCAUCGUCUGUCACAUUCCGACAAUAAUAAAACCCUCGGUAUGACCCGUUUUUUGAGCCAGGCCGAUCGCGAGAGCCGCCAGCCCCGAUGUAAACGAAACCAAAACCACCUGCAGAGAAUAGCGCCCUCUUCAGUUUGUUUGUUUUGUCCUUCGUUUCUGUAUGUGUCCAGUUUUCACCCUCAUCUCAUCGAAAACGCAGGUGCCACGGAGUCGCCGCUGGAAGUGCUUUUGCUUCUGUACUGUCAGCAUUUUUAAGAAUAAAAAAAAAUACAAAGUGAAAACAAAAUGGUUGCUUUUGGGUCUUUAGACAUCACCUGCAUGUGUUAUUUUCAAACUUUUGGUUUUGCUUCACCUUUUGUUUCGAAUGUUCUUCUGACUCGUAAGUUUAACUGUGACGUAGUACUUUGAAUAAAAGUGAUUACUGAGCUGCUGACGUGGAGAUGGUAACUGUUGUGUCUCUGCUAACUCCCGACCUCCUUUCACUGGAAU